CAUAUAUACACACAUGCAAAAUUAAGAGUCCCAAUAGAAUUCCUUAGUAUGCUUUCCAAUAUAUUCUCAAGGCUGACACUCAAUAAUAAGUUUGUGAAACCUAUCAAGCUAUCACCGAAUUCUUUGAUCAACUACCCAAUUGCAUUACAAGUAAUAUUUAAUCCUACAACCCAAGCACUCAAGAAGCAACACCUCCUAGACAAAGCUAGUGUGAACACGAGAUUUGUAUUAUUGUGUCUGACUACCUUGACAACAGCAGGAUUAACAGCAAGAAGUAAAAUAUUGAAUAAUGCAGUCACUCCAUCAUUUAUCAAAGUAACAAGGAAUACCAUAUUCAGUUACUUAGGUGCAGGUCUCUUCAUUGUACCCGAAGUGUUUAACCCGUACUUAAUAUACAGAAAAUGAUUAUUAUAGU